GCGCGCGCGACGCCGGCAGCCCGCCUGGGCCCUGACGCCGCUCGCGCCCACGCCGAGGCCGCGGUUCCCGCGAGCAUCAAGGGCGUGGCGGCGAGGCUGCGGGCGGCCCGAGCCGCGCCGACUGUGCCCCGGCUGCCGACCGCGGCGUCUCCCCAGGCCCGGCUCCUCGCGGCGGCCCGGCUCCCGCGUGGCCCGUCGGGCCGCUCCGGCCUCGCGCCUGCCCGCCUGCCUUCCUCCCUGCAGUGGCCAAGCGCGCAGAUGCCUGGUAGACACCUUAGAACUUUAAAAACGGAAAAGACCUGCUUUUAGGGGAUAAUGCUGAGGGACACUAUGAAAUCUUGGAACGAUAGCCAGUCAGAUCUCUGUAGCAGUGACCAAGAAGAGGAAGAAGAGAUGGUUUUUGGUGAAAAUGAAGAUGAUUUGGAAGAGAUGAUGGAUUUCAGUGAUCUGCCUACCUCCCUCUUUGCUUGCAGUGUCCAUGAAGCAGUGUUUGAGGUGCGAGAGCAGAAGGAGAGAUUUGAAGCACUUUUCACUGUCUAUGAUGACCAAGUGACAUUUCAGUUGUUCAAAAGCUUUAGAAGAGUCAGAAUAAAUUUCAGCAAACCAGAAGCAGCAGCAAGAGCGCGAAUAGAACUCAACGAAACAGACUUCAACGGGAAGAAGCUGAAGCUGUAUUUUGCACAGGUACAGAUGUCCAGUGAAACACGGGACAAGUCGUAUUUACUGCCACCCCAGCCAGUCAAACAGUUCCUCAUCUCCCCUCCCGCGUCGCCUCCGGUGGGGUGGAAGCAGGGGGAAGACGCGACACCGGUUAUAAAUUAUGACUUACUCUGUGCAGUUUCCAAACUGGGACCAGGAGAGAAAUACGAGCUCCAUGCAGGAACUGAGUCGACACCCAGCGUGGUGGUUCAUGUCUGUGACAGUGAAACUGAAGAGGCAGAAGAAACAAAAAACCCCAAACAGAAAAUUACCCAGACGAGGCGCCCCGAACCUCCAGCCGCAGCACUGGGUGAGCCCCAGACCUUCGAUGGGGCGCUGUGAGGCCGCUGGUUGUGGUGCCAGGCAGGUGCCCUUGUGGGCUCAGUACCGGAGCCCCGUGCCCCUCUGCAGCGUUGCCGGUCAUUGGCGCUGAUCCUGUGGGGGGGGGAGGCUGGGAGUGAAUGGGGCGUGGUGUGUUUUGUCACCACGCCUGUGCUGCAGACAUAGCCCUAUCAGGUCGCGGCAGAUUUUACCUGGUCGCAAUUUUAACAGAUCUUCUGAACAGCACAUGAAAUGAAAGGAUUGGCCCCCAACGUGCCGCAACUCUUGACCAUUUUUUAAGCGGUAGCAAAUUAGGAAAUUUGGCUGAUUUCUGGCUCCUUCCAGCAAUGGUAACUUCCCUGAUUCCAUAUCGCAUGGGGUACCAAAAAACUAAAGCGGUAGUCACCGAGCUCAGUACCAUUUUUAUGAAUUUAAAAAUAGUCUUACAAUUUCAGUAAUCUGCUGUGGGUACUUUUGUAAUGGUAUAAUAGCUUCCAGCUACUCUGUUGAUCAAAGGUCAAUUGUUCCUCCAUAUACGUGAAAUUUUUUGCACAGAAAGAAAUCUGAAAUGUAGAGUAAUUGAUAGAGAAUCAUUUUUCUCAAGUAGUUUUUUCUUUAGCUUUGGGGAGGAAAUGCCAAAUUCACUUUGACUAUGGGAAUCACAUAGUACAAAUCCGUGUGGGUGUUACUCUCUUCCCUGUUACUGUUAAACUUCAAGAGGACGGUGACGCACAGACCACUGUUCCCAAUGCACCGUCCCUCCCAGAGAAAGAACUGCUACUUUGGAAGUAGGGCAUACCACCAGAGAGUUUGACGAGGACCUCAGGUGGCUCAUGCGAUCUGCCAUGUGGGACCAUGUGCUAGCCUGUAGCAUACCCAACUGUCUUUAGCCACCUGUUGAGUUUUUCAAUGGUAAACAUAUUGUGUGUGUCAUUCAUUGACUUUAAAGUUUUUUUUUUAAUGUUUAUUUUUGACAGAGAGACAGAGCAUGAGUGGGGAGGGGCAGAGAGAGAGGGAGACACAGAAUCCGAAGCAGGCUCCAGGCUCUGAGCUGUCAACGCAGAGCCUGAUGCGGGGCUCGAAUUCACAGACCGUGAGAUCAUGACCUGAGCCAAAGUCGGAUGCUCAACCGACUGAGCCACCCAGGCACCCCUUCAUUGACUUUAAAUUAGAAAAGGUACCAAUAAGGUUUUCCGAAGACCAAUGUUUAAUGGCCUAUUUAAACAUUUUCCAGUUUCCUUUGGAAGAAAAGACACACACAUUCUUUUCCGCUGAGUUAGGUAAAGAUGGGGGAAAUUGAGAUCAUUCAGAUAGUCAGACUUCUGUUCCUGGUGCAGUCUUUUAUACUCUGGCUCACACUUGGCAUUUUUCCCUAAAACAGAAUCGUUUCUUACUUGUGUUUCAGGAGUGGAUAGUGGAAGCCCCUAAAGCAGAAGCAAGCAUCUUUUUAACUUUCUGUGGUCUGUUCAGACUUUGUAAUCCUUUUAUAGAAAAGUCUCAUAACUAAGAAAACCUGGCUUUGGUCAGGUGGCUCUGCUGAGCUCUGUUCACUGUGCUGUUUCCUCCAUGUGUCAGAUGUCUGGAGCCCCCUGGCAUGUGUGUGAGGGGCCGCACAUGGGAGUUUGGACCAAUAAACCAAGGAGGCUGUGCCCACAUGGAGAGAAGAACACAAAUUCAUGCCAGGAUGUCCGUACAUUUUUGGUAGCAUGUUUUUGUGGGUUAGAGGUUCUUAUUAUGAGAGAUUUAUCUCUGAGGACUUAAACUGUAUUGCCAAAAAAAAAAAGUUUUCUAUAUUUUCCUUGCCCUCAAAUUCUCUAAGAUGUUACACUCUCCUCUUUAUAGAUGUUCACUGCUACUAAGCUUCAACAUAAAUUCAGUUGAAAUUUGUGAUCUCAUAAGCAGUUUAUUAAAUUCAGAUAAUUGUUUGGCAGUUUAACUGACAGUCACUUGAUACAUUUGCUUUGCAUUCUAAAUUUCCCAUUUUGCCAGUUUUCAGUCUUACCUGGCUACACUAAUCAUUGCAGAUUGGACCCUGUCAGGAAAUGUGUGUAUUUUCAACAGGUGGGAAUUAAAAUUUUUCCUUUUAGGUAAUGUUUAUUAGCUAUAAUUUUCUAAGUAAUCAGAAUCCAUGAUGUUUUAUUAUUUGGCGUGGCUUUCAUGGUCUUCCUUCCAAUUAAAGAAUAGUCUAUCCCUAACUUACAUAAUCUGGUUUUAAAGUCAGGCAGUGCAAAUUACCUGAAUAUUUUCUUUUUCUCUGUUCUUAUUUUUUUGAGAGUAUUGAAUAAAUUGGAAAACUUAAAUAUAUAUUAAAUAUAAAAUACGUAAUAUAUAUUAAACUUUUCUGAAUGGAAAACAUUAAUAUUUUCAUUACCUCUAAUGUAGUUCCAUAAGGUGAAUGCUAAAAGAAAAACUACUAAAUGCCCAUAAACUUUUAACUAUUGUGAAAUUAACCAGUUUCUCAACAAGUAUGAUGGGCUCUGGCCUUUUUUUGGCCAUUUUUAUAUCCAGCUCAUGUAACCAUCUUAUAAGAGAUGAGGCUCGUGUUCUUUUUUUAAGUUCCUUUUAAUACGUUUAGCUACAUUUUUCUUCUCUGAAGUUGAGUUAUUACUUAGAUUGAACUGAUAGUAGAGUAGCUAUGUGCUCUUUGGAAAUCAUAACUUCUUCUUGGGAAUCAAAUUACUUAGAGCAUUGUGAGGAAAGAAAAUGAUGCUUUGUGUUAGGAAAAAAACAGUCUGUGAGGGAUAAGAAAAUCAUAGCACUUAAUGAGAAUAGUCAACAGAACCUGCAGUGCGUUGGCUCUUCCGUUCUAGGUUCUUGCAGCAUACCCACCUGAUAAAACCAGAAAUCAGCCCAUUUAAGAAGUGUGCUGGUGUGAGGAUCGACUAGUUGAAGGUUCUAAGAGGCAGAAAGGGUAUGAACAGUUCCCUUGCCCUCGGGAGCAGAGAGCAGGAGAGCAGACUAAUCUUACUGUCUGCUUCUUGAGACUUUAUACACUAAACCUGUCCACAUAACUGAGAGCCCAGUAAACGCUACCAGGAACUUUUAAGCUCAACAAAAUGGUUCAAAUAGAACAUGGUGUGUUUGAAUCAGAGCUGCCAGGAGAUGGGGCAGGAACAGCACUGUCGUUCUUUUAGAAAAUGGUCAUUUUGUUUCCCACUCCCAGCGAUUUCAUCUCAAAAACUGUCGUGAUCGAAAGUGAAGCCUAGAUUCUCUCAGAACCUGAGCCACUGUGCUGAAGGAGGCUUUGGAAAAUGACGUACUCUACUCCUCCUGUGACACAGACGAGAAAACUUGAGGUGAUGCGACUUGUUUCAAAGCUCGCAGGGACUAGCUUGCAUUCCCAGCUCCCAUGUUUGGGCCUUUUCUACUUUUUUCUUGCAUAGGCCUCUUUAGAGGCCCUCAGAAGCAGUGAAUCUCUGUCAUAAGAAAACAGACAAACAAAAAAAAGGGAAAAGAAUUCUAUCUCCCCCUGAAGGGAUACAGUGAACAAGAAACAUCAGAUGAAGGUAGUGACUUAGUAAUUUCAUGAGUGAAGUUAUGUUCCGUGUUUGUGUUUCGGUUGUCAUCGUGCUGUUGGGAUUGGAAUCCCAUUAAGUAAUGGCAUUUUGGUAGCCAGCAAUUAUGUUGACAUUUUGUGUGGGCUUUCCUAGAUUUUAGGCAUAACGAGAUUAAAAUAUAAACAGUCAUACUUGAGAUGUGACUCUCAGGAAGCAGCGUGAGAUCUCGUCGGAUUUGGAAACAGUUUGCAGUGGAAUGACACCAUUACCCAGUGCUUGUAAAAGGUUGAAGACUGACCUGUGCUUCAUGUUUUUAGAUAGACUCGUUUACAGACCAUAGCUUUAUUUUUAAAAGGGAAGAUCUCAAACAUAAUUAAGCAGUGGAAAAUGUAUGCUUUUCUUUGGUGCAUCAAAGUUCCCUGUCUGCUGGUAUCUGCCUUUUCUCUGAAGAUGUGUACUUUAAUACCUGUCACCCAGGUGAACGUGGUCAACCUUCCUUCCCCCCUCCACCCCCCCACUGUGCUCCUGUUUUCCACCUACAUUUGCAUCGUCCUGUAUGAAAGGAAACAAAUUACUUUAUCCGUGUGA